CUUCACCUCUCACUGUUCAUAAUGUUAUACCUGAUCGGUGUAUGUUGUUGUGAAAGACACUUUAACACAUCUUUUAUCUUUACAUACAUAUCUGAAAGUGUAACACAUCACUGAAACGUGUGUCAUCUCGGAGCCCUUUCCGCUCUUCCCGGUUUAAAGGUCGCAACCAUGGAAACGUUAAAGCGGCGGAAGAAACAAAUACAGCAAGAGACGGCUAGCAGGAGAAACCGCACAGGAUAAAACUAUCGGAGUAAUCAACUUUACCUCGAUAGAUACAACACUAUAGACCUUUCGUUCUUGCGUUGUCUGUGAAUAGAUUACAACACACUGAAUCUGGAUUAACAGAUAGUAAAAGUAAAGAUCAGUAGAUUUACCUUUGAUUCGGAAAAAUGUCCGUUUUCCCACUGGCCAAUCCAAAAGGAACGAAGAAACUGUGCGAGCUUUGUCAGAGACCUGCUCACCUCCAGUGUCCACAAUGCCGUGUGACUUUCUACUGUGACGUGACUCACCAGCAGGCAGAUUGGAAUAGCAUCCACGAGAAAGUGUGUGAGCUGCUGAUCUCCAUACGAACCCCUGCACCACUCUGCUGUUUCCAGACUGAACGAGACUCUCAUCGUAUGCAGAAUCUGAAAAGACUGGAACACGUAAAAGAGCUCUCCCAUGCUACAGCAAAGAGCUGGGUGUCAGAAGGGAAGUGCAGCGAGGCAAUGCCGGCAGCUCAGCUUUCUCUGCGCUGUGCUAUUGACAUUUACGGCCCUGAUGCUGUUGAACUGGUGCCAGUCUACUUGCUGCUUGCCGAGGCCAGUAUAGGGUUAGAUGCUCUGUCCCAGGCUGAAAGCUGUCUCUCACAGGCAGAGUGGAUGGUAAGGAAGAAUCCGGGCUGCAGUCGGACAGUCCUUCAUCUACUCCACAGAACCCUGGGUCGCCUGUACUCAGCCACUGGAGACUACAGCUCUGCCCUGAGGCACUUCGCCAUUGAUGUGUACAAUGCGAGUGAGGAGUUUGGUUUGGACAGUGUGGUGACAGCUGACGGCUAUUUCCUGAUGGCAAACGUGUUUACGAAACAGGAGAAGACAGAUAUUACAAUUUCACUCUACUCAGAGGUUUCCAGUACGUGGCAUGCACAUCUGUCUAACUUGAUAGAGUUUUCCAGUCAGAAGGGAAAAAAUGAGGGAGAACAAUACUUUGAUGUGGCACAGCGUGCAGAGGUGAAUCGGAUGUUGAGUGUGAUGUUGGAGGCUCAGCAGCAGGAAGUAAAUACACAUCCUGCUUACCGCACCACACCGGCUUACUCUCUAGGCCAAGAGGCUUUGCUGUCUCACUCACUUGCCAUGUUCUGGUUCCUCUGCAAUGACCACAAGAAGGCGCUGGACUUUGGCAGAAAGGCAGAAGAGUUUAGCCAGCAGUGUGAACCCAACAGUCUGUCCGAAUCCAUCCGGAGUCUUAUACAGCAAGCAGAAAGACACCUCAACCCCGAACAAACACUCAUCGUUCACCACUAACUAAUACAUUCAACACUCAUCUACUAACACACACGCUUAAUAAUAAGCAGUACACUCAACACAUACCCCUGACUAAUCAUAAUGCACCUAGCCCUCAUAGAUGCCCUGCUUACUCAUCAUCUCAGUAUAAAUACAUGCACAGCACUCACACGCUGUCCUCAAAUAUACAAAUAAUAGAACACAAAACAACUG